AGGGAUACGCCGUGAACCUGCCUUAGGACGAUGGAUUCAACCCCUCGGCGAUGUGCAACGGCGGAGCGCAUAUCAGCGACCUCAGCGACGACCUCUUCCUCCACAUACUCAGUCUCCUGCCCACUGGCCGUGACCUGGCACGCACGUCGGCGCUCUCGAGGAGAUGGCGCGACCUCUGGCGCGACCUUUGGAUGCGCGGCCGCGUCCUCCGCUUCGACAAGGUCGGAUGCAGUACCGCUGAUCCGGAUGCUGAUGUGCGGUAUAACGAUCUCGUGCAUGACGUCCUGGCGCGGCGCGCCAACAGCGGCGCCUCCGUGGACACGCUCAAGGUGAGCAGCUGGCUCUGGCCCGGCGAUGCGCGCGCCCAAGUCUGGCUGCACCUCGCCAUGGAGCUCGCGGUUGGUUCCCUAGCCUUCCACCUACGGACGCCAGAGAGGGAGAGGAUGCCGGGGAAGACGAUGGACGAGCUGCGGCCCUGGCUGACGCUGCCUUGUUCCACAAGCGCGACGUCAAUGUCGCUGGAGUUAGAUAACGCUUUCCUUCUGCUUCCGCCCACGGUUGAGUUCCAUGCACUAACGGACCUGACACUCUGCACCAUAAGAUUCACCGAGGUCAACGGAGGCCGCCUCAGCAGCCUUCUGUCCUCGUCCUCCUGCUGCCCGAGGCUGCAAAAGCUAACACUCAAGAAGCUGGCCUGGCUGCCGGAGCUACAGCUCAAUGGCAGUGCGCUGGAGAUCCUGCACCUGGAGGACCUGUCCGUGAGGGGGCUGCUGGAUGUGAAUGCCUCACAGCUCUCGGCGCUCCACGUGGACGGCUACUUCAUGGACUGCUACACCAUGCCCCCUAACAGCGUCACCAUCCGGGCACCGGCGCUGCAGACACUCGAUCUCUCACUCAACAUCAACUAUUGCCAGCUCGAACGACAAAGACACGCAAUCCAACUACUGCAAGAAUGCAGUCCCAUCCAUCGCCACGUCUUAAGCAUACAUGUUCCAGAAAAGCUAAAGAAAAGUGUGGCAGAGGAUCAAUUGGAAGAGAUGCCCAAACUCCCUAGCAUCACAAACCUAACCUUAAAAUAUUACUCAAAAAAUAGCCACUCCUUUGAAGCAUCUGUGACCACUCUCCUGGCUCGAUGCAGCAACCUCCGGCAUCUCCGCCUAGACAACUUUAUCCACAAGAACAUUGAUUAUGCCUCCAAGGUCACUAAUUGUAUUUCUCGGUUUGAAUUGAAUGGAUCACCACCAAAGUAUGGUACUCCCUGUGAUGUGGGGUGCAGCACCUGCGACCUCCGUGGGAGCUGGAAAGACAAUGUGAUUUCAUUGGACCACCUCCAAGAGGUGGAGUUCAGUGGCUUCUCUGGGCAGGAGUACUGCCUCGACAUGGUGCAACUGCUGUUCACUAGCGCGCCCACAUUGGAGAAGAUGCUCUUGACCACACAUGUAUCUACGGAUGGUUGUUCACACCCACCAACAAUUGCCAUGGAACCGUUAGAGUUGAGGCUGCCACGUGGGAUGGGGAAGUGGACGGCUCACCCAUCCGCUAACAUGACAACGCUCGAGUGGACACCCGCUUCAUCGACGAUGCUCGCCGGAGCAGUAGAUGCAUGA